AUGGCGGGUGCAUCCGGGUCAAUGAUAGGAGUUGGUAUAUUCGUAUUACUUCUAGCCGGAUACAUUGCCCAAAAAUAUGGGCUGCCUCCACCGGCUCCGAAAAUCGCGGGAAUCGAUCUGGGCACCACCUAUUCAUCAAUUGGGAUUUAUCAUGCGGUGACGGGUGAAACGACGAUUAUUCCUGAUGAUAUUGGCAAAAAAUCGGUGCCCAGUGUUGUUGCGUUUUUGUAAGUUGAGCUAUGACGUGGCAAAUGAUGAAAUGGAAUUUUCAGACCAAAUGGAACACUUUUGAUAGGCACACGAGCUGUUGAGCAACAAGAGAAGAAUCCAAAAACCACAAUUUACGACGCAAAACGAUUUAUUGGUCGAAAUUUUGAAAAAGAUAAUAAGGAUUUUCUAGAAGAUCAAAAGCGUUAUCCAUUUGUUAUCAAAUUAGAUGACACUGGUCGCGCAUAUUUCGAAGUUGCUUUCAAAAAUUCGGAAAUCACAAAGUUCUACCCUGAAGAAAUUGGUGCAUUGAUUAUUGAUUAUUUGAAAUCGGCAGCUGAAAAACACAUUGGUUCCAAAUUAUCUCAAGUAGUUAUUAGUGUUCCAGCAGAAUUCAAUGAAAAACAACGAAACACCACUGGCCAUGCGGCUUCUUUAGUUGGUCUCGAAGUUCGACGAGUCAUUUCUGAACCCACGGCAGCUGCAUUAGCCUAUGGACUUCAUAAAAAACAAGGUGUUGAGAGUAUUGUUGUUGUCGAUUUGGGAGGUGGAACUCUAGAUGUUUCGGUUUUAUGGUUGCAAGGUGGAGUUUUUGUGACGCAAGCGAUGGCGGGAAAUAAUCGAUUGGGAGGACAGGAUUUUAACGAUAGAGUGCAGAAGUUUAUCAUCAAAGAGAUCGAAAAACAAACUUCGAAAAUUGUCGAUGAUAAGGAAGAUCUUCAGCAAAUUCGAUUGGUUAUCGAGAAAGCUAAGAUUAGGCUAACAAGUGUUCCAAAGACAACAAUCUCCUUGGAUCUUAAAAGCGUGGGAAAAUUCAGCUACGAUCUCAGUCGCGAUGAAUUCGAAAAACUGAAUGAAGAUCUUCUGAAAGCUAUUGAACUUCCGAUUACAGCAGCGUUGGCAGAUGCGAAGUUAGUUUGAAUUUUCGCGAUUUUAAUAUCCAAAAUCUUUUUUUCCAGACUCGAACCUUCGCAAGUCGAUGAAAUCGUCCUGGUCGGUGGUUCCACGCAAGUUCCAGCAGUCCGAAAAAUCGUUGGAAGAUAUUUCGGCAAAUCGCCAAAUUAUGGAAUCGAUCCCGAAUUGGCUGUUGUCACCGGUGCUUCUGUGCAAGCUGGUGUAAUUGGUGGAGGUUGGCCACUUCAAGUUGCCGCCAUGGAAUUGCCACCAAAACGAAGGAAACGUCACUUUUUCACGGAGCAGCAGAAGGAAAAUGAGAAGGAUCGGGAGACACUGUGA